CAUAAAUUUUUCUUGCAGCUCUACGAAAUACGCAAAAGGUUUUUCUUUGAAAAACUUUCAAAAAGCGCAACAGGUUGACAUUUUUACGCAAUAAACCGUCGGGAAUUAACGCCAUACCCGAUUUGGCAUUGAUUCCAAGUCUCAGAAUGAAGCAAAGUAAUGCAGAAAGCAGCUGAUUUGGAAACAGCUGCCAGUGCUCAAUCGGAACCAUUACACCGGCUGAAGUUUUUAUAACACGGUAAAAAACGUGAGGAACCGCCGGUCCAGUAUUUCUAGCACCAAAUGUAGAGCGCUAUUGACCACUUCAACUGAAAUUAAAUGAACAAAUGGCGGAUAAAAUGCCUGCAAAGGAAUCGUUCCGCGAGCGGCAGACCCAGGAGUUGGAGGUUAUAAAGUCCAUCUUUGGCGGCGACGUGGAGGACCUCAGACCCCAAGCGAAUCCAGCGUUGUGGAAGCCCACGGACAUUCGAAUACAGCUCACCCCACUAAGGGACUCCUCCAAUGGACUGGAAACCUAUGUCUGCACCAAACUGCAUGUCACCUGUCCUUCGAAGUACCCAAAACUGCCCCCUAAAAUCUCUCUCGAGGAGUCAAAGGGGAUGUCGGAUCAGUUGCUGGAAGCCCUUCGCGACCAGCUGCAGGCCCAGUCACAAGAACUGCGCGGCGAGGUGAUGAUCUACGAACUGGCCCAGACCGUCCAGGCUUUUCUCCUCGAGCACAACAAGCCGCCCAAGGGUUCUUUCUACGAUCAAAUGCUGCAGGACAAGCAGAAGCGCGACAAAGAGCUGCAGGACAUGCAGCGCCAGCGGGAGACCCUGCAACGGCAGACGCUUAUUGACGAAGUGGAGCGACGCAAAGAGAUGUUUAAGACGGAGGCCAAGCGGCGCGGCGAACCAAGGCGCAGCAUGAGCGAGUCGAACCCGCGGCAUCCGAGCUCUUCGGAGAGCUCCGAGAACUCCUCGCCCUUUUACCGCGGCCAUAUAUACCCUGCCAAGUGUCUGGAUCACCGGAACACGGAGACCCUGUACUUCCACAAGAUGGGCCGGCAAAUCCAGCGAGGAUGCUGUGUGGGUCACUCCCAGAGAGGCUGCAUUGCCUACACCGGCAUAGAUAUGCACUGCGGUCAGUUGCUCUACAUCACCGAGUGGAACAUCAAGUACAGCCAACUGGAGCAGCCCUGCAUUGGUGGCGGGAAAUGCCACUGGGGCAACGACUUAAAGUGCAUGGGCAGCCAUCGAGUGGACGACGUGAUUGCCUCCAUCGAGAAGCAAGUGUCUUCCCUGGCACAGUUGCAGCACAAAAACCUCGUCUCGUACGAGUGCGUGCUCUGCAUUAAGCGGAAGGAGGGAUUACUCGUCUACUUGGUGCAGGACUUCCUUCUCGGUACCAGCGUUUUUAGCAUCUCCUCCUCGCUGGGAUGGUGCAUGGAUGGCGCCCGAAUGGUGGCCCGUGGCGUGCUCGAUGCUCUAAUCUUCCUUCACAACAAGGGCGUUUCCCACAGCCACCUGCUAGAUAGCACAGUUUUCAUGGAUAACGCGGGCAAUGUGCGCGUCUCGGACUUCUCCCUGGUGCCUAAUCUUCUGGAGCUGCUCAGCGGAGCGGGGCAAAGCAGCAGUCGCGGAGACCUGCCUGCUUUGGGUGCCCUUGUGGAGAGUCUCAUGCCCACCAACAGCUACGAGAUGCGCGACUUUGUAGACAAAUGCAACUCAGAGCGCACCAUUUCCGCCUCUGAAUUGUUGGAGCAUCCAUUCCUGCGCUUUUACGUCGACAAUGGUCAGCAGCAGUUGAUGCAGCUACCACAGCAACGGCAUCCCAAUCCUGUCCAGCGAACUGGUCCCGCCAUGCCCUACCAAAUACCCACACUGGCCUUGAGCCAAUCCCGCCUGCGAACAGAGUUCGAGGUGCUCAUGUAUUUGGGAAAGGGUGCGUUUGGGGACGUGCUGAAGGUGCGCAACAUUCUGGACAACCGGGAGUACGCCAUCAAACGGAUUCCACUGCCCGCGAGGAGUCGCCAGUUGUACAAAAAGAUGACGCGCGAGGUGGAAUUGCUUUCGCGGCUGAACCACGAGAAUGUGGUGAGGUAUUUUAACAGCUGGAUCGAAAGCGUGGACGACGCUGAUGCUGCCGAGAUGGACAAGCUGCUGGGCGGAGAGUGGUCCCAGAGUCAGCAGGAACUCAGCGUGAAGCCCGCCAAGUCGCCGCAACUCGGACCAACCUUGGAAGAGGAUGAGGAGGAGAGCUCGUCCAGCAUGUGGAAUGGUUACAUACCCACCAUGGAGGAUUCGGAUUCGGAUGGCAUUGAGUUCGUGGACUCGAAUGGCAAGGUUGCUGUUUAUGAUGAUGAGGAGGAGGAGGACUCCACCACAGGCAAGACCAGUUCGCCAAGACCCCUCAUGCAGGUCAUGUACAUCCAGAUGGAAUUCUGCGAGAAGUGCACUCUGCGAACCGCAAUCGAUGACAACCUCUACGACGACACGGAUCGCCUCUGGCGUUUGUUCAGAGAGAUUGCAGAGGGCCUCGCCCACAUACACCAACAGGGGAUUAUACAUCGGGACCUGAAGCCGGUGAACAUUUUCUUGGAUUCCCAUGAUCAGAUCAAGAUUGGUGACUUCGGUCUGGCCACCACCAGUUUCUUGGCCCUGCAGGCUCACGAGUAUGCUGCACCUGCGCCAGUCCAUCAGAUAACUAGUGCAGAGGAUGGCACUGGGACCGGCAAGGUGGGCACCACUCUGUAUGUGGCUCCCGAACUGACAGGGAACGCCUCCAAAUCGGUCUACAACCAGAAGGUCGACAUGUACACCCUGGGCAUUAUUUUGUUCGAGAUGUGCCAACCGCCGUUCGACACCAGUAUGGAGCGGGCGCAGACCAUAAUGGCUCUUCGGAAUGUGGCCAUCAACAUACCGAACAGCAUGCUUAAGGAUCCAAAGUAUGAGAAGACAGUGAAGAUGCUUCAAUGGCUGCUCAAUCACGAUCCCGCCCAAAGGCCCACGGCGGAGGAGCUCCUUACCUCAGAUCUUGUUCCACCUGCUCAGUUAGAAGCCAACGAGCUUCAGGAAAUGCUACGCCACGCCCUCGCCAACCCGCAGAGCAAGGCCUACAAGAAUCUGGUGGCUAGAUGUCUUCAGCAGGAGAGCGACGAGGUGCUGGAGCAUACCUACCACUUGGGCAGCAGUCGGGCGAUGAAGUCCUGGAACUCGGCCAUCGUCAUCGACGACAUAGUGUCUCUGAAUCCUGUUAUUGAGUUUGUCAAGGCCAAGGUCGUGAAUCUGUUCCGCAAGCAUGGAGCCAUCGAGGUGGACUCGCCGCUGCUGUCGCCGCUUUCCGCCAGGAACAGCGCUGCUUACGCGAACGCCAACGCCGUGCACCUUAUGACCCACUCGGGGUGUGUGGUGGUCCUGCCUUCUGAUCUGCGCACCCAGUUCGCCCGCCACGUGGCUAUGAACGGAGUCAAUCUCAUCCGGCGCUACUGCGUCGAUCGUGUUUACCGCGAGGAGCGGGUGUUCAACUUUCACCCGAAGCAGAGCUACGAGUGCUCCUUCGAUAUCAUUGCUCCCACUACUGGCAGUCACCUGGUGGAUGCCGAGCUGCUUUCUCUGGCCUUUGAGAUCGCCAACGAACUGCCGCGUCUGAGGGAGAAGAACCUCACCAUCCGCAUGAACCACACGAAUCUGCUGAGAGCCAUUCUCAUCUUCUGCAACGUUCCGAAGGCGCAGUAUGGAGCCUUGUUUGCGGGCACCAUGGACUUCAUCGAGGCUCGAAUCUCGCGCUUCCAAUUCCACUCGAGCAUUACUGGCAUAAUGGAGAAGUCGAGGACCUCUGCCCAGACUCUGAUGGACAUGUUGUUGGCCAACUUUCUGCUGACGGGUUCCAGGAGCACGGUGGAUGACUCUGCGUUGAAAUCCCUGAUGCGGGGGAAGGGAGAAGCGGCCUCGCUAGCAAGAGGGGCUUUGCGGGAACUGGAAACAGUGGUGGGGCUGGCUUACAGCCUAGGUGUGAAGUGCCCCAUCCACAUAUGGGCUGGUCUGCCGAUCAGCUUCGAUCGAGCUUCAAACGGUGGAAUCGUGUGGCAAAUGAUAGCUGACCUCAAGCCGAACCGCUCUGGUCAUCCUUCGGUUCUGGCGGUAGGUGAAAGGUAUGAUGCCAUGCUGCACGAAUUCCAAAGGCAAGCGCAGAGCUUUAAUCCUGCCCUGCCCACACGUGGAGCUCUGAGCGGAGCGGGAUUGUCCUUCUUCCUGGACAAACUGGUCGCUGCAGUGGGUGUGGAGUACGCCAAGGAUUUCCGGGCCAUCGAUGUGGGCAUUUGCGUGUGUGGAACUCGUCCCCCUCUCAAGGACGUGACCUACAUCAUGCGCCUUCUGUGGUCGGUGGGCAUCCGUUGUGGCAUCGUUGAGGCCUCCAGCGAACUGGGCGAUGAAGCCCAGGAUCUGGCGCGACUUGGAGCAUUGCACGUCAUCCUGGUGGCGGAGAACGGCUCGCUGAGAGUCCGAUCCUUCGAGCGGGAGCGUUUCCAGGAGCGUCACCUCACAAGAAGCGAGCUGGUCGAGUUCAUACAGAAGCUGUUGCGGACUGAUGCGAUCAUUGGAGCCACGGUCGACAACUCCAGCAUGCUGCCCAACUUGAGUGCUGGCGACAGCAGGAGUAGUGGCGGGAGGGAAAGGGAGCGCGGCGAGAACGGGCUUAGCACCUCUGCCUCGAGUGCCAACAUCAAGAACAGCUACAGCCAGCUCCCGAAUCUGCAGGUCACGUUCCUCACCCACGACAAGCCGACGGCGAAUUACAAGCGACGGCUGGAGAAUCAGGUGGCCCAGCAGAUGAGUUCCACCCUGGCGCAGUUUCUCAAGAAGGAGACCUUUGUGGUGCUGGUGGUGGAGCUGCCGCCCGCGGUUGUAAAUGCCAUUGUGGGUGCCAUCAACCCCCGAGAAAUUCGCAAAAAAGAGACUGAACCGGAAAUUAAUUUUGUAAUUGAGAGAUUUCCGAAACACAAACGCUAUAUAUCCGAGAUAAACGACGAGGUUGUGGACUAUCUGAGCGAUGCAAAGACUCCGAUCGUGGCCUUGUACAGCAUUUCUGAUUCCUAUUACCGCGUAAUCAUCUAACCCACACCAAUUGCCCACGCCAUAGAAUCGGCAAAUCUACUUAGUAGAUUUAGUCAGUAGGUUAAGCUUCGAAUCGUCACAAACUGUUUUGGCCAAAACUAUGCACUUUGCUUUAUUGGCUGUAUUCUCCGAUGCCAUUUACAAAUUUCGAAUCAAAAUUCGUUUCUACACGCUCCCUUUUAUAUUGAAUUUUAUAAGAUUGUACCAGUUUCUUUGAGAAAGAACCAGAUUCUGCCAAUUUGUGUUUCACUACUUUAAUGAGCGCUCUUAUUUGUAGGUAUUUGGAUUAUGUCUUACUAGUAAAACCCCCUUCUAAAUCUGUUCCCUGAUAAGUCAAAAAUGAGUUCAAAACUUAAAAAACUAAUUCUUAGAAAUAUAUUUAGUGAACACAUUAUCCAAGACUUCAAAGGAGCAUACUUGCCAUUGAGGCUGACCGAAUUUCGCUACAAUUAGCACUUACUGGUUUCUGAUCCAGCAAUAAAUCAGCACACUUAAACAGAGGACGGUCAAAGAUGCGAGUCUUCAUCCAUAUUUUAUAUACGUACGUGUUUUAAAAACAAUUUUAUCCUACAAUAAAGUAUCAUGACUUGAAAGUGA